GGCUGGUGUUGGGCCUGGAGCGCUGGCGGGGCUGUGGGGACUCCCGCCGAGAUGGCUUGCGCAGCCGCGCGGUCCCCGGCUGACCAGGACAGGUUUAUUUGUAUCUACCCCGCUUACUUAAAUAAUAAGAAGACCAUAGCGGAGGGGAGGCGGAUUCCCAUAAGUAAGGCUGUAGAAAACCCUACCGCUACUGAGAUUCAGGAUGUAUGCUCAGCAGUUGGACUGAAUGCAUUUCUGGAGAAAAACAAAAUGUACUCCAGAGAAUGGAACCGUGAUGUGCAGUACAGAGGCAGAGUCCGGGUACAGCUCAAACAGGAAGAUGGCAGCCUCUGUCUUGUGCAGUUCCCAUCAUGGAAGUCAGUGAUGCUGUCUGUAGCAGAAAUGAUUCCCAAGCUAAAAACAAGGACACAAAACACCGGCGGUGCUGACCCCAGUCUUCAGCAAGGAGAGGGGAGUAAAAAGGGGAAAGGGAAGAAGAAGAAAUGAUGUGGUGUGAACGGGACGCACACAGUCCUGCUGCGAGAGACCUGAGCAUCUUUGUGUCGGAGGGAGCAGCUUUUGUGUCUGUCAUUUAACUGAACCGUGAACAGUGUGUCUCCCAUCUCCAUCAGCAGUUAACAGUGAGAUAAGUUUACAUCCAGAGUCUGCAUCCAGCUUUUAUACUGUAAAAAGGAAAGGUGUGUGCUCGGAAGAAAGAAGACUAUUUUUAACAGAUAAUGACUGUCCCGUAACUUACUUGAAAUCCUGUGUCUGUUUGUCUUCUAUGUAAACAUAUAUUUCAGGUAAAUAAGUUUAAUAAAAUUUGAAAUACA